CUAUAAAUCCCCGGCGCCUCCCCAAUCCAGAUUCCCACCGCCCCAUCGAUCCAGCAUUGCCAUUGCCCCUCAGCUCGCCGGAAUCCCCAACAACCCGCCGGGACUCGCCUGAUCUCGCUCGCUCGGCCGGCCGCCGGUUCCGCUCCGUCAAGGCGUCAACACCAAGCCAUGGGGUCGCAGGCCAUCGAGGCGCACCGCGCGGGCGCGGAGGUGUACAGCGGCGCGGCGCUGUGCGCGGACAAGUCGACGGAGCUGCUGGCGGAGGUGCACCUCCCGCUGGGCCUGCUCCCGCUCGCCGACAUGGAGGAGGUCGGCUACAACCGCUCCACCGGCUUCGUCUGGCUCCGCCAGAAGAAGGCCCUCACCCACACCUUCAAGCAGAUCGGCCGCCAGGUCUCGUACGCCGCCGAGGUCACCGCCUUCGUCGAGAACCGCAGGAUGAAGCGCAUGACCGGGGUCAAGACCAAGGAGCUCCUCAUCUGGGUCACCCUCUCCGACAUGUUCGUCGAGAAGGACGACCCCUCCAAGAUCACCUUCAAGACGCCCACCGGGCUCGGCAGGACCUUCCCCGUCGCCGCCUUCGCCAAGGAGGGAGACGACGGCAAGGCCAAGCCCAAGGAGGCGGCCCCAGCAGCCAACGGCAAGGAGCCCGCCGCCGCCGUCAGCGGUAAGUAAUAAGGCUCAGGUGGCGGCGUGGAGUGCCUUUUAUGAUGGUUAAACUACCUGUAACCUGCUUAUACGACUCUUCUGAAUAAUGAAGUCUGUACUGCUGCUACUGUUUGCUUAAUUUAAUGUUCUAUUUAUUAUGAAUGAAACGAGAAUCAAUCGUGCGAGCUUUCCAA